CUCUUUUACGGAACUGCAAUCUCAUGGCUCAUCGCACAUACCAGUAUCCUCAACUCUUGCUGUGGCUGCAUGGCCACACAUGGAACCGAGCAUGCUUGAUACAUCGUACAGUCCAGGACCCGCAUAUCUGACCGGGGCUACAAGGUCACAAACAGACCCACAAGUGCUCGCCUUCAUGGAAAGGAUACUACAUGUGUUAAAUAGCAUGAAGCACACCCAGCAAGCCCAUUCGCAAUAUUUCAACGAGCUGCUAAGUAAUGCCGACAGUGCAGCUCCGCACCCUCAUGGCCUCCCAGACCUGCCUUUCUCGAAUGUGGCGGAAGUUCUUGCGUAUGAAGAGAAGCUCGAGACAGACAGCAAAGCUCAUGAUCAAAUGAAAAAGCACAUGGCUGUACAAGGGGGAGAUUCGACGAAACUGAAAACAACACGUGUACUGCAGUCCCUCCUCAGCUGGAAUGCUGCAGUGGGCUUCAGUUGGUUUGGCACAAAGGGAAAGAAAAUUCUGUGAACUGCACCUCUGCAAGCUGAUGUGCGGCGUGUUGACUAAUGACAUCCGAAACCCGAAUGCGACCCUGAAGGAUGUGGAGAAGGCCGCGAUGACCUGGUUCCGCCAUGCUGCUGAGCGGCUUGCCGCGCAACAAAAAUAGUCUAUUUCUUUUUUUUUUCAACUAAUAAGAUAAUCCUGAAGGUCAGUUGUUGCUAAUUCUCUGCAUUGCGUCUAUUAAAAUUUGUCUUGUUUUUUUUUUCACCACUGUUUCAUUCCUUCUUUGUUGUUUCUUG